AUGUGGAUUUUACCUCUUGUCGGCUACGUGGGAACCCUUUUGGGUUUCUGCUUUUUGACUCUCGCUAUCGCGUCUGGUCUCUAUUACCUGUCGGAGCUUGUCGAGGAGCAUAGCGUCACCGCGAAGCGCUUCCUGACGCGUCUUAUAUACAGCGUCAUUGGGAUUCAGUUGGUUCUGUGGCUGGUGGAUGGGUUCCCAUUCUUUGCUACAGUCUUGACGAUCGUCUCCCAUGUUGUCUAUCUGGGCAACAUGAGGCGCUUCCCUUUUGUGAAGCUGACCGAUCCUCUCUUCCUGGCUUCGUGUGUUCUUGUCCUGGUUAACCACUACGUAUGGUUCCGACACUUUUCCGAUGCCCAGUCCCGUGCCUACCAGCGUAUCUCGUUCUACGACAAGGCCGAUGUUCCCAGCUUCGCACAGAUCGCCUCGUACUUUGGGCUUUGCGUUUGGCUUGUGCCUUUUGCGCUUUUCGUCAGUCUGUCCGCUGGCGAUAACGUCCUUCCCACGAUGGGAACUGAGCCUGUCCAUGGACUCGAUGGGAGGGGCAAGCCUCAGGGUAUGAUCAAGGCUCUUGUUGAUCAGAUUCGUGGGGCAAUUGGUCAAGUCUUUGGAUCCAAUUCGUCGCCUGGACUUGCUCGACCGUAA